AGCCAACCAGCCAAACUAGUUUAAAGCAUUUGCGGUUCAAACUUCACCAACUGAAAUCCAAACCUCCCUUCCAGUACUGGUCUUAAAGUACUAGUUGCCGAAUCAUCACAAUGGCCUUGAAUGGUACUGAGAAGCUGACUCUGUCAGGAUUGGAAGAGCCUACCCCGCAAACAAAUCAGAAAGAAGGUCUUAAGAGUAGAAUAUUCCGCUGGUGCAAAAGUGCUUUCUUUGCAGAUUCUGUUUCUCCAAAGGCAAAUGGCACUGCCCCAACUACUCAGUCUGAAUCAACAUCUGUGAAAAUAAACCCAAGUUAUAAGCAAGUAGGCAUAGGCUUUGGCAUCUACAUGGGUGUGGGAACUUUUUGCUUCUACAUCUUCAGGCACCACUUCAAGGGGAAGGACACAAAUGGACUUGUUGAUGCUAUCUACUACGUUGUUUCCGUAGUGACCACAAUUGGGAAUGGGGACCUUGUACCUGAUAAUGGCCUUACGAAGGUACUCUCCAGUGUUUUUGCCUUCAUCGGAAUGGGCGUUGUUGGACUAGUCAUGGGCAAAACAGGAGAAUACUUGGCGGAAAAGCAAGAGAGAAUGCUAGUGAAAGCCAUACAUUUGCAUCAAAAACUUGGUCCAAAUGAAGUUGAAAAAGAGCUUGAGACCAACAUAGUGAUGAAGCAGCUUAUGGGGAUCAGUAUUGUCACUUCAGCGCUUGCAUUUAUUGGGACAUUCCAUCUUACUGUAGUCGAGGGAUUCGACUUUAUUGAUGCAUUUUACUGGGUUGGCGUCACUAUCACAACCCUCGGCUAUCCAGAUGAGAGCUUCAAACAUACAAAAGGGCGUGUUUUUGCAGUAUUUUGGAUGAUGUCAAGUACUAUGUCUUUGGCCCAGUUUUUCCUGAAGAUUAUUGAGCUGAAAUUUGAAUGCAGGCAAAUGGCAUUAGUCAAGUUGGUUCUUGCUCAGAUGUCAAAAAAUAAAGAUCUUGAGGCUGCAGAUCUUGAUGGUGAUAAGGGUGUAGAGUCCAAUGAGUACAUCUUACAUAAGCUCAAAGAGAUGGGGAAGAUUACCCAAGAAGACAUUUCACUUGCAAUGAAGGAGUUUGAGGACCUUGAUCAAUCAGGAAGCUUAUCAGCACCUGAUACCAAGCCUGUUAAGCCAUCUGAAACAGAGAAGUGAAAGUACUAUAGCAAAGUGGUUUGAGUAUUGACAUCUAUAUAUGCUGGUGAACAAAAUAAUGAUGAUAAUAAUAAUGAGAAGAAUUCUAAGAGCUGCUUGUGAGUUUGUAAUAGUCAAUGUCAUGUUUUUACUAUGAGUAAAAAAUUUAGUAAAGUAGAAGCGCUUUCUCCCCAUAUGUUUUGUAUAACUAGGCUUUUUAGUAACAUGUGGAUGUCACUUGUAGAUAAAAUAUUACUGUAUUUUUAUGUCCAAUAAAGAUGAAACUGAGGGCUUGCUUAUAUGU